CUCAGCAGCUUGGUGCUCGCGAGCAGGUGGUGACACCAUGGCGUUAUCGGGGUGUACCGCGGCACGCGCAGAUGGCGUGCAUGUUGCGGCUCUGCGGAUCGUCCUGUUGGGCCGGACUGGUUCCGGUAAAAGCUCUACAGGAAACACCAUUCUGGGAGCGUCCUUGUUUCCAAGCGAUAUCUCUCCCCUGUCCAUCACUCAACAGUGUGUACAAGGCUCUGGCGAGGUAGAGGGGCGGAACCUACAGUUGAUUGACACUCCAGGCUUUUUCCACUCCUGUAUGUCCUCAGAAGAGGUGUGUGCGGAAGUGGCACGUGGCAUGAUGGACCUCUCAGCUCCUGGACCUCACGCACUUCUGUUAGUCCUCAAACUGGGUAAACUAACUCCGGAGGAGCUCAUGACUCUAGAGUGGAUCGGCACCGUUUUAGGUCCGUCUGCCCUCAAACACACCAUCCUCAUUCUUACACACACUGACCAACUUCACGACAAACCAGCAGAGAGCUUUCUACAGGAGAGCAAGGAACUCUGGGAAUUCACGCAGUUAUGCGAGGGCAGGAUUCAGACAAUCGAUAACACGAAAACAGAGGAUCGAGGACAAGCGAGUGAGCUGGUGAAGAAAAUCGAGGCGAUGGUGGAGAAGAACGAGGGGAGUUGGUAUGUCUGUGAGAGAAGGAUUCUGGGAGAAAAGGAGCAGAAGAAAGACAAAGGAGAGGAUGAUAAAGAGAGGAGGAAGAAAGCAGAGCGUGAGUUCUGGUGUGAGUUAGUGACUGCCAUGGGGAAGGGGGCGCUGGAGAGCUCUGGUGUCCUGGAGAAGGGGAAAGGGAAAGGGAAAAAAUGCAAAGUGGUGCAGAGGGCGGCGGCUUUAGCGUCUACGCCCCUUUCCGUGACAUCUGCUGCUAAAAUGGUGAGCGGGGCCGUGAGGGAAGGGAGCAAAGUGCUGUACAAACACCGUAAAUCUCUGCUGCAGUGACUGACACACAC